AUGAACAGGAAAAAUAAUAUUAUUAUUAUCUCCAAUUUUAGAAUGCAUCCCAGAUACUGUUUCCGUGUAGCUAAAGGCUUUAAUGAUACAUAUGUAUCAACAUUAAAAAUAUAUAGUAAAAGAGAGAAAAAAAAUAUAUUAUAUUAUCUUAUAAAGUUUUUUAUACUCACCCUUUCAAUUUGGAUAUUUCAAUUUUCUAAUAAUUGGGAUUUUUGCAAAUCAUGGAAUAAUAAAAAUAAAUUAAAUAACAUAUUAGACUUAGGAUCCGGAAGAUCAUUAGCAGAAUGUAAUGAUUUAAAAAAACAAACAAAAAGUGAAUUAAAAUUCUGUGAACAACAGGAUAUCAUAGAAGCACAUUUGGAAUCACGAAAUGAGCAAAAUAUAAUAGAUGAGAAUGUAGAUAUAGAACAAGGAAAUGAAAUAGAUACAAAAGAGAAAAAUAAAAAGGUAAAUUUUAAAGAGAGAAUCUUAGAUAAUUGUAAAAAUAAUUUAAAACUAGUUGCUUUAUUUUUUGUUAUUCUCUUAUCAUUGUCUGCAAUUUCAUUACAUUUAAUAAGUUAUUAUAUGUAUAAGAAUACUAGAAAACCAAAACUAUUUUUAUUUACCUUAUCUUUUUUAAUAAUUUCAAUUCUUUUAACAUGUGAACGAAUUGAAAUAAAAUACAAAAAUAAAUUUUGA